AUGGUUGAUGGUACAAAUUGUGCCCUCACACCCGAUAAUCAAGCGUUUAGUAUAGAUACCGUUAACCGAGCAGGGGAGUUUCCUCCUGCAGUGGGAACAGCUGGCCCUUCUAUUAACCCAGAAUUGUUUAUAAAUAAUGACCCAGGAGCAAAUUCUGGUGAAGUCAGUACCGCAAAUUUUACCACUGAGAUGGACGGUUUUACUAAAAGAGUUACUUGUCGUGCUUCAGUAACACCAAAUCAAGAAGUGAGUGUAAUUGUUGGCGUUACCGAUGACGGGGAUGCAACUCUAGACUCUUGGGCUUUUUUUAGAGCAAAAAGCUUACGUGCAGAGCCAGGUGGUGAUUUAGGCGAUGCGCCAGACUCUUAUCAAACACUUUUAUCUUCAUCUGGCCCAAGCCAUACUAUUGUAGAAGGCAUACAUUUGGGCACUCAGCCUAGCGGUGAUAUUGACGGCUUUCGUGAUGGUUUUGAUGAUAGUAAUGGUACAGCAAGAGAUGAUGUUGAUGACGGUAUUGCCACUUUCCCACAGUUAGACGAUACCGAUACAACCUAUGCUAUAACAGCCAAUGUAACUUCCUUUAAUGGUCAAACUGCUUACAUUGGGGCUUGGAUUGACUUUGAUGGUAAUGGCUCGUUUGAAGCCGACGAAUUUACUAAUCAGAUUUCAGACGCUGGUGCUGUUGUAAAUGAAGCUACAGAUGAAAUUGCUGCAGGUACCUACGAAGAAGAUAUCACCAUUGCAUGGGACUCUAUUCCUGCUGGCACUCAAACAGGAGAUAGCUUUGCCCGUAUUCGUAUUUCUAAUACACCUUUAACAUCUGGCGACUUUGGUGGCAGUUUUAAUUCAGGUGAAGUUGAGGAUUAUGGUUUUGUUAUUUCUGGUGCGGCUGAUGCCACAGCACCAGUGGUAACUAUUGACGAUCCAACAUUAGUUACUGCAGCCGAUGAUACUGCUUAUGUUAUAUCAGGUACGUGUACCGUCGGAGAUGGUGUAGUUACUGUUGUAGUAGAUGAUUUUGAUGGUACGCCUUCGGGUAUCACCAGCUCGCCUAUUUGUAGCGCAGAAGGUAUUUGGACCGCUACAUUUGAUGUUUCUAGUAUUAAUAACGGCUUCGGCCAAGUGAUUAUUAAUGCCUCACAAACAGAUAAAAAUAGCAAUGUAGGCAAUGCAACACAAAAAGCAGCCGAUAAAGAUAGCACAUCAGCAAUAACUUUGAAUAACUUAGGUAAAGCGACAACAGAAAAUCAAUUCGCAUAUACAAUAAAUGGUAGCUGUGUUGACGCUAAUACCCCUGUAACAGUGUUAAUUUCUGGCUUACCUUCAAAAACUGCGGUAUGUGCAGAUGGCUCUUGGCAGGCAACUUUUGAUGUAAGCCCUAUUGCAGAUGGUACUGGAGUAAUUGUUGCAGAUGCCAAUGAUAGCUCUGGUAGUGCCGUACAAAAAAAUGCAGAUAAAGAUACUACUGGCCCAGCAUUAACUUUAAAUUCAUUAACUGCUGCUAAUGCUACGAAUCAGGCUAGCUAUAACGUAACUGGCAUGUGUGAAAGUGCUGGCACAGAAGUAUCUGUGUAUAUACCAGGUGCAACGCCUGAGCGCCAGCGUGUUACUUGUAAUGCUGGUAUGUGGACGGCUACCACUAAUGUCACUGCCAUUGCAGAUGGCACUGAUGUUAUUGCCGUAUUUGUUGAGCAAACCGAUUUAAGUGGCAAUAACUCAGCAGUUGAUGACGAAGCCAAUAAAGAUGUGGUAUUACCUACAGUUGUUAUUAACGCUUUAACAGUAGGUAACAAUGCAAAUCAAAAUAGCUAUCCUGUAAACGGCACAUGUACCAUUGGCGAUGGUGAUGUAACCGUUGCUGUUGCUGGCGCUACGCCUGCAAGCCAAGCGGUAAGUUGUACUGGGGCAGGUACAUGGAGUUCAACAUUUAAUGUUAGCGCGAUUGCAGAUGGCACUAACGUAAUUGUUGCUGAUGCAAACCAAACUGAUACCGCGGGUAAUACCGGUAAUGCUACUCAGCAAAGUGCGAAUAAAGAUAUUGUACCUCCUACCGUGAGUAUUAAUGCCUUAAACGAUGCAAAUGCCGCUAACGCUAGUACUUAUACUGUAAGUGGUAGUUGCUCUGUUGAUGAUGGUAAUGUCACCGUGUUUAUUGCUGGGGCAACACCCGCUAAUCAGCCCGUAAGUUGUUCGCCUGGUGGAACUUGGACAGCCACUUUUGAUGUAAGUGCGAUAGCAGACGGAACUAAUGCUAUUGUAGUUGAUGCAACUCAAACUGAUGCUGUUAAUAAUACAGGAACUGCAACACAGGCGACUGCAGAUAAAGAUAUUAUUGCACCGAGUGUUGUGAUUAACGCACUCAGCGAUGCUAAUGCCAGUAAUGCUUCGGCGUAUGUGAUUACGGGUACGUGUACGAUAAAUGAUGGUAACGUAACCACUUCAAUAGCUGGUGCAACCCCGAGUAGUCAAGCAGUCGCCUGUUCCGCAGCCGGAACAUGGACUGCGACCUUUAAUGUUUCGGCAAUUGCAGAUGGCACCAAUGCCAUUGUUGCCAAUGCAAACCAAACUGAUGAUUCAGGUAAUACGGGUAAUGCGGUGCAAUUAUCAGCAGAUAAAGACACGGUUGUUCCGGCAGUGACGGUAGAUCCUUUAGUUGAAGUUAAUGCCAAUAAUGUAACUACAUAUCCGGUCACGGGUACUUGUUCAAUAGGAGAUAGUAAUGUUGUUGUGAUGCUAGCGGGAGCAAGCCCUGCUAGUCAAAGUGUAGUGUGUAAUCCAGAUGGAACGUGGAGCGCAACAUUUGAUGUCAGUGCAAUUGCAGACGGUGAAGACAAUAUUGUUGUUAAUGCGAACCAAACCGAUGCAUCGGGUAAUACAACCACAACUGCUAACCAAGCAAGUGAUAAAGAUAGUACGCUACCCGUUGUUGUAAUUGAUACAUUAGUCGAUGGCAAUAUUGUUAAUAAAGCGAGCUACCCUGUAACCGGUACCUGUACUAUAGGGGACGGUAAUGUCACGGUCGAUCUUGUUGGGGCUUCGCCUAGCAGCCAAGCAGUUACUUGUAAUCCUGAUGGCACAUGGAAUGCUACCUUCGAUAUAAGCGCAAUAGCUGAUGGCACAGAUGUAAUUGUUGUUGAUGCCAACCAAACUGAUACCUUUGGUAAUAUAGGCAAUGCUGCACAACUCACUGCAGAUAAAGAUGAAGACCAACCUAUUGUGUCUAUCUUAAAUGCGCCUGCCACGGUCAACAAUACGAAUACCUUUGUACUGACCUUCGAGUUUAGCGAAGACGUUGUAAACUUUGAUGUCAGUGAUGUUGAAUUCACAAACUCUACUUUAGCGAAUUUCACAAUAAUUGAUGGCAACACUUAUACCGUUGAAGUUACACCUGAUGGCGGCGGCGAUGUAGCAAUUAGUUUAGCGCAAGGUGCAGGCCAAGACUCAACCGGAAACGAUACGAACGCGACGUCAGUUGUGGUUAUUUUUGACCAAGAUAGUGAUGGCAUUAGUGAUGAAGAUGAAAUUGCCCUUGGCCUUGAUCCUACCAGUAACGAUAGCGACAAAGAUGGUAUACCAGAUGGUUCUGAAGUUGGUGAUGUAAAUAAUCCUAAUGACAGUGAUGGCGAUGGUGUAAUAGAUGCAAUUGACCCAGAUGACGAUAACGAUGGUAUAGCAACAGCAAAUGAAGAUGCUAACCUCGAUGCAGACAAUAACCCUGCUACAGGUAUAACUGAUAGUGAUGCUGAUGGUAUAGCUGAUUAUUUAGAUACUGAUUCAGACGGCGAUAACAUUACCGAUGCGAAUGAGGCAGUGGCAAGCGGCAAUGAUACCGACAAUGACGGUAUUGAUGAUGCGAUUGAUGUUGACCAAACCGGCGGUGUUGAUACCAAUGGUGAUGGUGUUGAUGACAAUGUUGUAGCAGCGAAUACCGAUGGUGAUUUAGCCGCUGAUUAUCUUGAUAUUGAUAGUGAUGGCGAUGGCAUUCCUGAUUUUUGGGAGUCUGGUGCUUUAAAUGUUGAUUCUGAUAUGGACGGCAUUGACGAUGCUUUCGAUGUAGAUAUUACCGGUGGUACAGAUGCUAAUGGUGAUGGUAUUGAUGACAAUUCGUCCCCCGCAAAUAGUGAUACUGACACUGCUCCAGAUUUCCAAGAUCUAGACAGUGACAAUGACGGUAUUUCGGAUGCCAUUGAGUCGGGUGCUCUCGGAGUAGACACUGACGGCGAUGAUACCGAUGGUGAUGGUAUCGAUGAUGCCUUUGAUGUCGACCAAACUGGUGGUGUUGAUAGCGAUGGUGAUGGUAUGGACGACAAUACCAGCCCAUACGCACUAGACUCAGAUGGUGACGGUACACCUGACCAUUUAGAUUCCGACAGUGAUAAUGACGGUAUAAACGAUGGCGUUGAAGCAGGUUUGAGCGGUAAUGAUACUGAUGGUGAUGGUAUUGAUGACAGCUUAGAUGUAGACCAAACCGGCGGCACAGAUACUAACCUUGAUGGUAUAGAUGACAACGUUGCACCCGUUGAUACAGAUAUGGACGACAGUAAUUCUGAUACUAACAUGGAUGGUACUCCUGACUAUUUAGAUACUGAUAGUGAUGGCGACGGCAUAGAUGAUGGUGUUGAGUCUGGUGCAGCAGGUAUCGAUAGUGAUAAUGACGGUAUAGACGAUGCAUUUGAUGUAGACGAAACCGGUGGCGUUGAUGCUAAUAAUGAUGGUGUAGACGAUAAUAUUGCUUUGCCAGAUAGCGACGAAGAUGGCAGACCUGACUUCCAAGAUAGCGAUAUAGAUACAGACGGUGAUGGUAUUCCUGAUGUUGUCGAGGGGAAUGGCGAUAUUGAUGGCGAUGGUAUUCCAAAUUAUUUAGACACUGACUCUGAUGGCGAUGGUAUCAACGACUCUGAUGAGGGAAUUGGCGAUAUCGAUGGUGAUGGUAUCCCUAAUUAUUUAGAUACCGACUCAGAUGGCGAUGGUAUUCAUGAUGCUUCUGAAGGCAAUGUUGACUCAGAUGGUGAUGGAACACCUGAUUACCUGGACCUUGACUCUGAUGGUGACGGAAUAAGCGAUGCAGAUGAAGGUAAUGGUGAUACAGACGGCGAUGGAAUUCCUAAUUAUUUAGACGAUGACUCUGAUGGUGACGGAAUAAGCGAUGCAGAUGAAGGUAAUGGUGAUACCGAUAGUGAUGGUGUUCCAGAUUACUUAGACAAUGACUCUGAUGGUGAUGGCAUUAAUGACUCAAACGAGGGCAACGGUGACAGUGACGGUGAUGGCAUUCCAGAUUAUUUAGAUAGUGAUUCUGAUAACGAUGGUAUCAAUGAUGCUGAUGAAGGUAAUGGUGAUUCCGAUGGAGAUGGUAUUCCUGAUUACUUAGAUAGUGAUUCUGAUGGCGACGGCAUUAGCGACGCUGAUGAAGGGGCUGGAGAUAGUGAUGGCGAUGGAACACCUGACUACUUAGACACUAGUCUAGAUGAAGAUGGUGACGGUAUUCCUGAUAUUGUUGAAGGUACUGGCGAUGACGAUAUGGAUGGUAUUCCAAAUUAUCUAGAUACCGACUCUGAUAAUGAUGGCAUUGUCGAUGGUUUUGAAGCAGGUAAUAGUGGAGUCGACACUGAUGGCGAUGGCAUAGAUGACAGCUUCGAUGUCGACCAAACUGGUGCUGAUUAUAUUGAUGUAGAUAGCGAUAAUGACGGUGUUCCCGAUGUUGUAGAGUCGGAACUAAAUGCAAUCGAUUCAGACUCAGACGGUAUUGCUGAUCAAUAUGAUGUAGAUGCAACUGGUGGUACUGAUUCUGAUGGUGAUGGUAUUGAUGACGUCUUUGAUGUUGAUGUUACAGGCGGUUUUGAUGCUGACGGUGAUGGUAUUGAUGAUGCCUUACUU